UUGAUCUCCUCGGAAGACUUGGACUUGUCUUCAAUUCCUUCGCUUUCCCACCCGACUCCUCUGCCGUGCCUCCUCUACGCGUGCGUGCUGGUCGCAGGCAGCUCCGGGGGGAGACCAGACCAGACGACCUCGCCCGCCCGCCGCCGGAGGGAGGGAGCCUGCUCGCCCGCCCCGCCUCCCUGCCUCCUCCUCCCGGCCCGCGCCGGGCAUUGGGAUCUCGCGGCUCGCCCCCCGCGCCACCCCGCCCAAACCCUAGCCGCCGCCAGGGGAGGGUCGCGUCGCGGCAGCAGGAUCCAACGUUACUGGACAUUGAUUAUGCUUGGUGGAUGAGGAUGUCACAAUAAAGAGGGUGGGGGGUUCGAUAAGGUUCUUGAAGCUGUCCAGUGAGGGUUUAGAGUUGUUGCCUUUGAAGACUAUAACCCAUGCUAGUGAAUAAAUUGAAAAGGGAAGGUGGCUGGUGAACUUGAGUUAAGACAUGUCCAAAUCUACUCCUGUUAAAGCAAGCAAGAAUUCUGAAUUGAAGAAAUCUACAGCCAUCUUAACAAUAGCAAAUGGCCAUGCUUGUAAGAAGGAUGCAAUUGGUGGAGAGCAUCCUGUCCAUGACAUCAAGUCCACUGGCACUUGGAUCUGUAGAAAUUUGGCCUGUAAAGCUGUUGUAACAGCUGAAGAUUCUUUCUGCAAGAGGUGCUCAUGUUGUAUUUGCCAUCAGUUUGAUGACAAUAAAGAUCCUAGUCUAUGGUUGGUUUGUGCAUCUGAAAAUGACGACAAACAGUGCUGUGGUUCUUCUUGCCAUAUCGAGUGUGCCCUCCAACAAAAGCGGGUGGGAUGCUUUGAUCUUCAAAAAAUUAUUCAUCUUGAUGGGAGUUAUUCAUGUGCUUCAUGUGGGAAGAUAUCUGGGAUACUAGGUUAUUGGAAAAGGCAAUUAGUGAUUGCAAAGCAGGCUCGCCGAGUUGAUAUACUCUGCCACCGCAUCUAUGUGAGUUAUCAGUUGUUGGAGGGUACGAGCUGUCAUACAGAAUUGCAUAACAUUAUUCAAGAUGCAAAAGCAAAACUUGAAUGUGAGGUCGGUCCACUUGAUGGAAUGUCGGCAAAGAUGGCACGUGGUAUCGUAAGCAGGUUAUCUGGUGGUAGUAAUAUACUGAAACUUUGCUCUCUAGCGAUUCAAAAAGUUGAUGAGUUGUUGAGUUCUCCAUCUCCAGGCUUGCAUCUUCGAGGUUCAUUACCAGCUGCGUGCAGAUUCAAAUUCGUAGAUAUUACAUCAUCUUCCCUUGUUAUCAUCCUAAAAGAAACUAAAUUAGCAUCAUCGGACACCAUCAAAGGUUAUAAGCUAUGGUACUGGAAGAGCAGAGAGCAACCAAGCAUGGAUGAGCCUGUUAUUUUGUCAAGAGAUGAAAGAAAAAUACUUGUUUAUAACCUCGCCACAUGCACAGAAUAUUCCUUCAGAAUCAUAUCAUUCACAGAUGCUGAUGCGACCAUUGGGCAUUCCGAGUCUAAAUGUUAUACUGCGAGCAAGGAGGUAUUUGUCAAAUCUGUGACCCAGAAGGCCACGGGAAUAUGCCCGCAGGCGCAGACAACGGAUAGGAGCCAGGCUUGUAUGUCCACUGGAUUUAGGAUCCGAGAUGCUGGGAAGAUCUUGCGGCGAGCUUGGGCUGAAGAAGGCUGUUUUGAGGAUAUGUACGAAGGUUCAUGUGACAUAAGUGCCACAGAAGCAGACCAGGCAGAGAACAGUGAACAGGGUCAUAUGUUAUCUGGUGCAUGUCGCAAACUUCAGUUCAAUGCAUUUUCUGUCCCUGACCUAAAUGCACCCAUGCCCAUGGACAUGGACUCUUCCCCUGAGAAGAGCUAUGAUUUAAAUAACAGACUUUUAAGAUCAAAUGACAGUGGUGGCUCAGAGGCUUGCGAGGCAGUCAGGAGCGCGGAGCCGGCUGCUGUUGAAUCUCGACCAGGAGGCAAGGCAAAGCAGCCCAAUGGUGCUCAGAAUGAAAGCUGUGAGCAGGAUGGAGUUUCAGCCAUCUGCCGCCAAAAGCAACUUCUGAAAAGGCCUAGAGUGCUGGAUGAGGACUAUGAGUACUGUGUGAAGGUGAUACGGUGGCUGGAGUGUGACGGGCACAUAGAGACUGAUUUCAGAUUGAAGUUUUUGACUUGGCUGAGUCUAAGAUCGACUGAGAAUGAGCAUAGGGUUGUGAACACAUUCAUCAAAACACUAAUCAAAGAACCAAGCAGUCUGGCUGAGCAGCUUGUUGAUUCUUUCGGAGAGAUGAUAAACUGCAAGAGACCAAAAGUAGGUUUCGGCAGUGAGCUAUGGCAUUUGGACAAACAAUAACAAUUCAAGAGUUCCCUAACUCAUUGGUAUCCUAUAGUUUUUCCGAUCAAGGGCAGUGAAUCCCAGAAUGAGAAUGAGGGGGUUAGGUUCAUAAACUUGAUAAUCAUCGCAUCGACCCAGCCGUCAGAUUAUUACCAUACCUUAUAAGUUCAGAUCAGAACGUGCACAAUUUUCUUGAGAGUCAUCAUUUCGGCCGUACCAUACCUUAUAAGUUCAGAUCGGAACAUGCACAAUUUUCUUGAGAGUCGUCAUUUCGAGCCUAUGGGAUUAGGAUAUUUGAUUUACUUAGAAAUUCCUAUCUUCUUGAUUCUACUUAGGAAAAUCAUUUAGGCGGAAAAUAGAUUGCAUUGAAAGAUUCCUGUUCCACCUGUAAGUAGUGGAAACAAUUUUAUAUUCUCAUUGGUUUAGUACUCUCUAUAUUCUGUCAGAGCCCUGGAAAAAUCUUAUAUGAUGUCAUGUAUGGCUUACAUCUGCUUGGUACCUAUUUUUCAGUAUGGGUGAUUUUUUGGUA